UCAUCUCAACGAUCUACCUUCAGCUAAAGAGCCGACCGAACGGACACCAACGACGACAACCAGCCCCUCCUCCCAAGACCACCAACCACAUCCACAAAACAUCAGCGUACCGAAACUCUUACGAUGCUCUCUCAAGGAGCCCACGUGUUCUCGCACCAAAACUUUGGCCACAACGAGGCGGCUUGGUUGAACCAGCACAACCACCAGCAAACUUACCACCAGGCUCAAGCAGCAGCUGCCGCCCACGCGAGUGCAGCUCACUACAACCGCAUCCAGGCGACACACAAUGCAUCUGUUCCUUCACACCUGCCAGGUCACGCACAGGAGAGCGCAAUGAUGGAUGGUGUUACUGAGGAGAACCGGAGAGUCCUGGUCUGGAUCGCGGAGCUGUUGAACGAGGACACUCGCGAGAGCGCAUUGCUCGAAUUGAGCAAGAAGCGCGAGCAGGUCCCCGAGUUGGCGCUGAUUCUCUGGCACUCUUUUGGUGUCAUGACCUCGCUGUUGCAGGAGAUCAUCUCCGUUUAUACGUUACUCAACCCAUCGCAAUUGACUGCGGCCGCAUCCAACCGUGUCUGUAACGCGCUUGCUCUGCUCCAGUGCGUGGCGUCGCACAACGAGACCAGGGCUCUCUUUCUCAAUGCUCACAUCCCGCUAUUUUUAUACCCAUUCCUGAACACGACUUCCAAAUCGCGGCCAUUCGAAUAUCUCCGUCUGACCUCCCUCGGCGUCAUCGGCGCCCUGGUCAAGAAUGACAGCUCGGAUGUCAUCAACUUUCUUCUCACGACAGAAAUUAUCCCACUCUGCCUGCGGAUCAUGGAGACCGGCUCCGAAUUGAGCAAAACUGUCGCCAUUUUUAUCGUGCAGAAGAUCCUUCUUGACGACCAUGGAUUGAACUACAUCUGCGCAACCUACGAGCGCUUCUACGCUGUUGGGACUGUUCUGAGCAACAUGGUCAACCAGCUCGUGGAGCAGCAAACUGCCCGGCUCUUGAAGCACGUUGUCCGCUGUUUCCUCCGCCUCAGUGACAAUGCUCGCGCCCGCGAGGCUCUCCGCCAGUGUCUCCCAGAGCCACUUCGCGACGCCACUUUCUCCUCCGUCCUCCGCGACGACGCUGCCACGAAGCGCUGCCUCGCCCAGCUCCUGAUCAACCUCUCCGACAGCGUUGUCGACAACCACUCCCACCAGGGUCUUUAAUUCUGUACAAUAUAUCGAUGCAUACAAAUGGCGAGAGUAGGAUUUCCUUUGGUUUUGCAUAGACGUAACGAUACCCGGUCUUCAUUUCGACAUCUGGGAAAGAAAAGCUAGAGCAGCACACACAAUGACGGAUAUGAGGAUUUUCAAAAACCACAGAAGCAAAGUUUCAUUCGCGCCUGGAUUUGGUUGCUGCAGCUAGGGAGGGGGAGG